GUACCCGGGUCUACACUGCGGGACGUGGCCAUGGACAACAGCGGAGGAGGAAUGCUGCCUCCGGCCGCAGGAAACAGAUCUGAUCUUCAGGUUGAGGGAUUUAAAGGGAGCCUAAUGUUCGAUGACCGCGUUGAUCAAAGAGCGUGCCUUAUCUGUGGGGACCGAGCCACCGGGCUGCAUUAUGGCAUCAUCUCCUGUGAGGGUUGCAAAGGUUUCUUUAAACGCAGCAUCUGCAACAAGCGAGUGUAUAGAUGCAGUCGGGACAAAAACUGUGUUAUGUCGCGCAAGCAGCGGAACCGUUGCCAGUAUUGCAGACUACUCAAGUGCCUUCAGAUGGGGAUGAAUAGGAAAGCAAUCCGGGAAGAUGGAAUGCCAGGAGGCAGGAACAAGAGCAUUGGCCCUGUGCAGAUCUCAGAUGAAGAGAUUGAACGGAUAAUGUCUGGUCAGGAGUUUGAAGAGGAAGCCAACACUUCAUGGAGUAACAAUGGAGACAGUGAUCACAGCUCUCCUGGAAAUGGUGUUUCUGAAAGUAACCAGCCCUCUCCAGUAUCCACUCCCUCAUCCAAUAGAUCAAUCGAGCUAAAUGGAUACAGCACACUUCGAGACCAAUAUUUGGCAGCCCCAAGCGCAACGCACUACCAAUAUCUACCUCAUCUUUUCAGUUACCCUGCUCAUUCUGCGCUGAUUCCUGCACAACCACGACGCAUAGAUCCACAGUCACUCAUUCUCAUUAAUCAACUGCUGCUUGCUGAAGAUAUGGAACCACUCAACACUCCAAUGUUGCUUGAGGAUGGGUACAAAGUUACCCAGUCUGAAUUGUUUGCCCUGCUAUGCCGCAUUGCAGAUGAGUUACUAUUUCGACAGAUAACAUGGGUGAAAAAACUACCAUUUUUUCGGGAUUUAUCUAUCGAGGAUUAUACGUGUCUGCUUAGCAGUACUUGGCAGGAGCUAAUACUGCUCUCUUCACUAACCACGUAUAACAAGCAGAUCUUCGGAGACCUAGCUGAUGUUACCUCUAAAUACUUGCCAUCUGAGGAUGAGCUGCACAGGUUCAGCGAAGAUAGUAUGGAAGUAAUGGAACGUCUUAUAUACUUGUACCGCAAAUUCAGCCAACUGAAAAUCAGCAACGAAGAAUAUGUGUGCAUGAAAACUGUUAACUUCCUGAAUCAAGAUAUCCAAGGUCUAAGCAGUGUUUCACAACUUGAACAACUGAACAAGAGAUACUGGUUUGUGUGUCAGGAAUUCACAGAGUGUAGAUACGCACACCAACACAAUAGAUUCCCGGAUCUCAUGAUGUGUCUACCGGAGAUUCGCUACAUUGCUGGAAAGCUGGUUAAUGUGCCCUUGGAACAACUACCAUUACUUUUCAAAGCUCUUUUGCACUCGUGCAGAACAAAUAUAAGUAAAGAGUGAGACUGGAAGGAAACCUGAAGGAAGACACAAGUUGUUAGGUAUCCACAAGAGGGAAUGAUGCUUUGGAUAAGCCGAGAAGUAUAAAAGAGACUGUGUCAAACCCGUGAUGGGAUCAGAAGAAAAAAAACAAAAAACUUUUUUCUUAUCUAUUUAUUUCCUGACAGAGUUGAAUGUAUUAUCUUCAACACGGGUGCACAAACAAAAAAUGCAGUUCUUGCAUUUUGUUGCUGUUUACAGACCUAGUUUUUUUUUUAUGCCUUUUUUAUGGAUGACCCAAUCUCCUGAUGCUGGAGGGGUUGAA